CUCUAAUUGGAGGUGAAUUCAGAAUCCUGCAACCCCGCCUUCAGCACGCUCAUGUGUCUCCUGAAGAAACUUGGGUUUUGUUUUUAUACAGUCUAUGGUUUUGACGCAGAAACCGAGCACAGGGUCUGUGCUUCACACAGGACUAAAGAAGCAUUACACCAAGAGUUAUGGAAAACUAAGCCUUCUUUAAUCCAGCGCGGUGCCUGUCAACUCUAUAUGUAACUCCAGCUACUCUUCCUGCGUUCAAACUACUUGAGUAAAAAGAGGGAGGAGCCGCUAAAAUCAACUUCAGUUCAUAUAUUAUCAUAAGAAACCAGCGCCCUGCUGCUACUACAGAGCUGCUCCUCAAGAGACGAAUUUGACCGAUCCAGCAGUAUUUGCCAACUAUCAGCGGCGCGAUGGGGGAUUUGAUCUCAACUCAUCUGGACGAAGCCAAACGAGAGAUUAUAACAGCACGGACAGGGGAGCUGAUGGGAGAGUUUGGUCGGCUAUAUGAGCAGCAGUAUGCAGUCGCUCUCUUUAACAAGAUGCGCUUUGACAUUGAGGGUGGAGGAGGACCUCAGAAUCAGCUCCUGCAUAGGAAGGUGCCUCUAAAGAAUAAGUCCAUCUUCUCAGGUGCUUUGUUCCAGUAUCUAGAAGAGAACAAAAAAUGGAGGAAUCGUUUUCUCUUUAUUCCUGACUCCUACAACAUCAACUAUUAUGAAAACAAACAGGCUCAUGACAGAGGGCUGCAUCCUAAAGGCACCAUUAACUGUGCUGGCUACAGGGUCCUGACCUCUAUGGAAGAAUAUCUCGAGCUCCUUAACACCAGCCUACCAGGUGUAAAAGCUAAAGUUGGCAGUUCUCCAUUCCUGAAAUGUGCGACGCAGUUUCCCCUCAUCCUCUGGCAUCCUUAUGCUUGUCACUACUAUUUCUGCGUGGUGACGGAGAAGGAGCAGCAAAAGUGGAACGCUGUCUUUCAAGACUGCGUCAGGCACACCAACAAUGGACUGCCUGAGGAAUGUAAAGUUCAGACCCCCACGUUCACAGAUGCAGUGCGACUCUAUCGACAGGCCCAUGGUCACUAUGGAACCUGGGAGAUGAUGUGUGGGACGCCUCCACAGAUCCUUGCCAAUCUUGUCAUGGAGACCCUCCUCCCUGAGAUGAGAGACCUCAUUACCCCCAAACUGAAGGGCAAGAUGCAUGAGAAACAGAGGAAUUGGAUGCUGAUAUCAGAUGCAGUGUACGGGCUGGUUCAGAGCCAGACUCAGGCGCAGUAUGAAGCAGUAGUGCAGAGCUGUGAAGCAGGUCGCCCCCCACUGGAAACCACCAUCCGCACCGACAUGGACCAGAUCAUCACUUCCAAAGAACAUGUGACCAGCAAAAUAAGAACACUUGUGCUGCCCAAGGCAGAGAAGCUUCUGAAGGUGAGUAUCCAGCCGUACAUCAGCUCAAUCCUGGACGCGCUGAUGGAGCCCACCAGCAGAGGCUUCUUUGAGGUGCGAGACUUGUUCUUCAGAGAACUGGUAGACAUGAGCAAGAACCUCCUCAAUGACGGCAACAAGGAAAAACUUGGAGAGCACAUGGAGAAGAUCUCCAUGCUAGCCUUCCAUCCUGUAAAGAUGCAGAGCUGCUAUGAGAAGGUGGAGACUCUGAGUUUAGAGGGACUUCAGCAGCGCUUUGAUGUUUCCAGCCCCUCCGUGUUUGUCCAAAGAGCCCAAAUCCUAAUGCGAGAGCAAAUGGAUGAUGCGGUGUACACAUUUGAGCAGCUCCUGCACCAGAGUUUGGAGGGCAAGGAACAGGAGGAUUUCUGUAAAACCAUCCAGCGCUGCCAGGAUCGUGUCGUCAAGAAAUUUGACUACGACAGCAGCACAGUUCGUAAGAAGUUCUUCAGAGAGGCUCUUCUGCAGAUUUUCAUCCCUUACAUGCUGAAACAGCUCACCCCAUCAUGCUCUGCUGAACUCCCUCGUUUCCAGGAGCUUAUUUUUGAGGAUUUCUCUCGUUUCAUUCUGGUGGAAAACAUAUCUGAGGAGGUGGUGCUGCACACCGUCAUGAAAGAUAUAAUGAUGGCUGUGAAGGAAGCAGCCGUCCAGAGGAGACACAACCUGUACCGAGACAGCAUCGUUUUGACCAACAGUGACCCUAACCUUCACCUGCUGGGGGAGAAUCCUCCCAUCGACUGGGCUGAGGAAUAUGGAGAAGGCCUAGAGGAGCUGGAUGGAGAGAACACAGGAGAUCCGGAGGUUCAAAAACGGCGCAGGAUGAAGCAGGUGGUCUCCAUGAUCCAUAUAGAAGGCAAUGCCUCUGUGCUGCCCAAUGAAUCAUGCCUGGAAGUGCCCGCUGUAGACAAUAUUCCGGAAGAGGAGACGGAGGUACGUUCAGACACCUCAUUAUCCCAAAAGUCAGAGAAGCAAGUGCCCAAUGGAACCAAAGAGGAUGUGAACAAAAAUGCGGUUGAUGACAAACCACCAACAAACAGAAGUAUACUAAAAGAGGAAGAAAGCACAACAGAAAGGUCACUACAGGGCACAGAGAGCAUGUCAGCCAUAGACUGUGCCAUACAGGAAAUCGAGAAAGCAGUACAGGAAGUGGAACAUGAAGUCAGGACACAGAAAACUGCAGAGUCGUCAUCCUCAAAAGAGGAAACUGCAGCCGAGGAGGUAAAACCCAUCUCAAAUUGUGAAGAAGGGGCACGACUAAACCCAGCAGACACAAACAAAGAUACAACUUCAAGCACAGAGAAGCCUUCAGAUUCGCCGGUAAGGGAAAUGGAAGCAGUGACACCAUCAGACCAGCAGGAAAAUCACAUUACGGCGAGCACUCAAGACUCCCACACGGAGAAUUCCAUCGCUCCAUCACAGCACGACGACAGAGGAUUCCAGUCGCCCACUAAUGAAGCAGCAGAGGAGGAGCAUCAGGCGGGAAAGGAGGAAUGCAAUGACUCUGAAACAGGAGAGGACGCUGGGAAGGGAGAAAGUGCACAUAUGGAUCACCAGUGAAAUAUCUCAUGAACUGUGUUCACUUACUGUGUGUUUAUGCCUGUAAACAGUGAGUAAAUGCAUCACCCACUGCUCUAAAAUGACUUUUGACUGAGUGACGGGAGCUUUUCUUGUGGCGUUUUUGCCCGUAAAACACUUUUGUCUCACUACUCUGACUGUAUAGACAUUAUUGUCUAUAUCUUUUUGCAUGCACACUCUCGCUCUUUUUUGCACUUAAAAAAAAAAUACAUCACUCUUAGUUAGAGCUGGGCUCGAAUAU